AAAAAAGGAGAAGAGAAAAGGAAAAAGGGGAUCGAGAUCAGAGGAAAUCAAAAAUUCAAACAAUGUCUUCACAGAGCAUCAACACUCGCCAGAAGAGCAGCGGCGUGGUGCUGCCGUCGAGCUCGCGCUUCGUCACCCAGACCGUGAACGGGUCCCACCAGUUCCUGAUCAAAGGCUACUCCCUCGCCAAAGGCAUCGGCGUCGGCAAACACAUCGCCAGCGAGAAUUUCACCAUCGGCGGCUACCAGUGGGCCGUCUACUUCUACCCGGACGGCAAGAACCCCGAGGAAAACUCCGCCUACGUCUCCGUCUUCAUCGCCCUCGCCUCCGAAGGCAGCGACGUCCGCGCCCUCUUCGAGUUGACCCUGGUUGACCAAGGCCCCGGCGCCAAGCACAAGGUCCACUCCCAUUUCGACCGCUCCCUCGAGAGCGGGCCCUACACCCUCAAGUACCGAGGCAGCAUGUGGGGCUACAAGCGGUUUUACCGGCGCACUAUGCUCGAGUCUUCGACCUUUCUCAAGGAUGAUUGCUUGAAAAUCAACUGCACCGUCGGAGUCGUGGUCUCUGCAAUCGAUAGUUCCAGGCUGCACUCCAUUGAUGUGCCCGAGUCUGACAUCGGAGCGCAUUUCGGUGUGUUCUUGGACAAUGGGGAAGGCUCCGAUGUUACUUUCAGUGUCUCCGGGGUCCGGUUCCCUGCUCACAAGCUUGUACUGGCUGCCCGUUCCCCGCAGUUCGACAAUGAAUUCCUUAGUGGACUGGAUGCGGACGGUCAGGAAAUACUCGUCGACAACAUGGAACCUAAAGUGUUUAAGGCUCUGCUGCACUUCCUAUAUACAGAUAAUCUCAUUGAAGAUGAGGACUUCUCGGAGUCAAGUUCGUCAGCCUGUAUGCCCUCGUUAUCGGAUGUAUUAGCGGCAAAGCUGCUAGCAGCUGCAGACAAGUAUGGCUUGACAAGGCUUCGACUCAUGUGCGAAUCUGUUCUCUGCAAGGAUAUAUCUGUCAAUUCUGUUGCCAAUAUUCUCGCCUUAGCUGAUCGCUAUUCUGCUGUUGAACUAAAAUCUGUUUGCCUGAAGUUUGCUGCUGCAAAUCUAGUUGCUGUCAUGGAAACGGAUGGUUUUGAGUUGCUCAAGGAAAACUGUCCACUGCUGCAGUCAGAGCUUCUGAAGACAGUUGCAGGUAGUGAGGAGGAACUAAGUGGAGGGGGUAAGAGUCAAAGCGUAUGGGCACAGUUUUCGGAUGGUGGGAAUUCGAAUGAUCGGCGUGCAAGGCAACAAACCCUGCAAAAUGGAGAGAGAGGUCAAAGAAUUUGGGUCCAAUCUUUGGAUGGCAGUGAUGCUAGAGGAAUGAGUCCUGGGCAAGAAGGCUGAUGUGCUAAAUUGUGUCAGUUGUUCUGGACAUAUGGCAGAUAGAAAUGUAAAAAGAGAAACACAAGAAACCAUAUUUUGCCCCUGUAAUUUUUUGUUGUUUGUGCUGAUUCAGUGAUUAGAGGUGGUAUCUGAAGUUGAGCUA